GAAAGGAAGAAGCUGGAACCUUCCUUGUUUCUCUAAAUGGGUCUAAAGAAAGUUUUCCAUUUUCGAAUUUUCGAGAACCAUGUCCCGCACCUCCUAAACUUUCUCUCUCUCCCGCUCUAUAAGUUUCAUCCCAUCCCAUCUCAUGCUAAAUAAAUACAUCGCUAACCAGUCCAAACCCGGAUAAGCAGACAGCGGCAUUAGAACACGAUCACUACUGUUCACCGGCAUCGAUCUUUCUUCAUCAUUAAACCAAUAACCCACUCCUCCGAACAAACCAUAUAAGAGAAAUGAGGCAACUCCGCUCUCUUGUUUUAACCUUGAGCUUUCUCCUUGUUUUUCUUUCAGCUGGUUCAUCCAAUGCGUCAUUGCUCCCAUUCGUUGAUCGCCGCCCAGAAAGUUUGCUGGUUGAUCUCUGGUCGGAGCGCUUCCCAGACCCGUUCCGAGUGCUAGAGCAGAUCCCAUUUGAACUUGACAAAGAAGACGGCGUGGCACUCUCUCCAGCAAGGGUGGACUGGAAAGAAACGCCAGAGGGUCAUGUUAUAAUGUUAGAUGUGCCGGGAUUAAAGAAGGAAGAGCUGAAAAUCGAGGUGGAGGCGAACCGAGUUCUGAGAGUGAGUGGAGAGAGGAAGAGGGAAGAAGAGAAGAAAGGGGAUCAUUGGCACCGAGUUGAGAGGUCUUACGGAAAAUUUUGGAGGCAGUUCAGGCUGCCAGAGAACGUGGAUUUGGACUCUGUCAACGCCAAGUUGGAGAAUGGGGUUCUCACUUUGACACUGGCCAAGUUAUCCCCUGAUAAGAUCAAAGGUCCUAAGGUGAUUAGCAUCGCUAGCACUGGAGGACAUGAGGACGAACCUGCCCAGCUCAAGGCUAGUGAGGUCAAGCAAGAGCUUUAAAUAAUUCACCGUUUUGCAACUUUGUGGGAUGAGUGAGUCCAAAAAACACAACCAAAAAACCUUUGAGGGAUGAGUGAUUUCGUAUCACUCUGCUUACUACUUGCUAUUAUAAAAUAAAGUUUGUAACUGUUUCCUUUUU